AUGUCCGCCGCCGCUCCUCGCCCAACCGGAAGCCGCCACGUCGCCACUCCGCCGCCAGCCCUUCGCCUCCACCGCGCCGGCCCUCUCGGCCCAGAUCGGGGCCCGCCCGAGCCCAUCGGGGCACGGACGAGCCCGCGUGCCUCCCACCGCCGCCAUCGCCGGCCACCACCACCACCCCGCGCCGCCCAGGCUCCCCAAGCCGCCGCUGGUCGCCGCCGCCUCCGCGCAUGCCUCGCGCCCCGCCCCUCGUCGCCGGAGACGAGCCCCGGCCGCCCCGUGCGCCGGCGCCCCACCGGCGCCAUCACCCGACCCCGCGCCACCGUCCCGUCCUCCGCCGGAGCGCCUCUGCUCCUCCGCCCGAUGCCAGCCAUCUCCGCCGCCUUCCCGCGCCGUCCCCGACCUCCGCCGCCUUCCCGCGCCGUCCCCGACCUCCUCCGCCGUCCCGCGCCUCGUCGCCAUCGCCGCCCGUCGCCGGAGUUCGCCGGAUCCGGGCAGAGUGGACCAGAUCCACCAAUUUGGCCAACCAAACGCGGCCCCCGUCCCGCACCCGCUCUUCCCGGGUCAUUCCUGUCCCGUUUUCUGCGAGGUGAAUUUCUGCUAAGUCCCUAA